AGUUACUUACAAUAGUAGUUGCUAUUGCUAAAAAGUUUUUUCACAAAAAAAAAUGAGAAAAUGAGGAGAUUGUAACUAUUUCGUAAUUUAUUGUAGAAAAUGUUAAACAGCAUAAUCUCAACAGAUGCACACUCUUAAAGAUCUUGAAAACUAAAUCUAAAAAAUAUGGCAAUGGCAAUAAGUGAACGCAAAAAUCCUCUUCCAGGACGACGAGUCUUCAGUGACGAAGAAUUAGAUGCUAUAAAGACAAAUAUACCUGUUUUGGAGCGCGUAAAGUCGGAUCGUAUUGUCAUUACACGCCCCGAAGAAGAUCGUCGCCGUAGAACGAUAAUUGUCGAAAAGAAAAAUGACUCUUUUGGCUUUACAUUGCAAAGUUACGGAGUUAAUCACAGUAAUAGAUGUGUCGAAAAUGACACAGAUACUUUUACAUAUGUGGAUUAUGUUGAAUACGAUGGUCCUGCAUAUAAAGCGGGAAUGCGAGAGGGUGAUAUUAUUCUUUCCAUCAACGGAAAAAGUAUGGAUAAAGCAGAUCAUAAAACAAUCGUUGAGUAUAUCAAAAAUUGUGAUACGCGAAUGCGAAUGGUUGUGUUAUUUGAGGAUUGUGUACGAAAAGUAGAGCUUCAUGUGCGUUAUGUGCAACUUCAGGAACUUUUGCGGGCCAAAAUGAAUGAAUUGGAGAGAGUUUGCAUCAAGGAACGUGAGUUGUUAGAGGGAAAAUGGAAAACCCAUUCACUUCCAGCACGAAAAAAAGCAAAUGCAACGGCGCAAGACAAUGGCGAUAUCUCACCGACAGACUCUGGUUUUAAUGCUACUUGGAGAACAACAAGCUCGACGGAAGACAUCAAUCGUCAAAAGCAUGUUGGAACAAAUAUUGUACCUCCGCCUCCUCAAUAUACAUUUACUUAUCAAUAUAUGGAUCCUCAAUGCAAAUACAUCGUUAAAAAUGCAUCCAAUUCUAAUCAAAGUAGCGGGGAAUGUUUGGCAAACGCCGGCAAUAACAGCAAUCAUAAAACCCUUCCAGCACGUAGUAAAAGUGAUUAUCAUUACUUUUUACCUCGCACAGCUUCGACAGAUAACGCAACGACAUAUAACCCAAACGCCAACCCAAGCAUCGCAAAGCAAAAUUUAAUAUCUGGCUCACAUCAUCAUCAUCAUCAUCAUUCGGCAAUUCAACAGCAACAACAAGUGUCUGCUUUUCAACAAACUCCCGUACGUGCGGAUGCCUCGAAACAACGAAAGCACUGUCACAACCAUCUUUGUGCUCCGUGUAUGGCGAUUCCGAAGAGAGACAAAAGUCGAACAGGUCGCGAACAACCCACAAAAGGCGCGUUGUCUGGAAAAGAAAAUGAUAACACGAGUUUGGAUGCAUAUGAUUUGGCGAGUAGUCCAUGCUGCGAUCCAAAUUGUGUUCCGACAAGACGCAAGUCACGACAUCAUCAUAAGCACAAACAUAAAGAUAAAGAUCGCAUUCAACGUCCAAAAUCACAAAUUCAUGAACCAUCAAAUACCGUAAUACAUUCACAUCCCGACGAGAAACAUAAACAUAGCUUUAGAUAUUUUGACUUGAACAAUAGUAGCAACAAUGGAAUGAAUAGCCUUUGUAGUUUACAUUCAUCUAAUUGCACAUCGAGUGAAUUUGGGCAUUCGACUUGCGAAAACUCCGCUGGAAGCUAUACAACAUCUCUGAGCACAGAUACUCUCUAUUGGGAUCAACAAAACACACCCGGAAAAGCUGUCAAACAAAAUAAUCCCUGUCAAAAAGGGAGUUAUGGUCCUCCGCAUUAUCGUUAUGUUCAUCAUCAAGUUCAGCCAAUGCGUGCUACGGUACAGCAUUUUCAUCAUCCGGAAUUUGUUUCAAAACCAAAAUCGUGGGAUAAUCUUUCGCAAACGCCUCCAAAAGGAGCAACAGUUAAUAAUGGAACAUAUGGCUAUGGAUAUGGAUAUUUGGAUAUUGUUGGAGCAUGUAAAGGCGAUGGACAAUGUCAAUAUAGCACUAACAAAAUGCCUGUAAUAACGAUGCAACAACAACGGCAUUCCAUUCCGCGAAAGCAACAACAAAACUCUAACUACGAACGUUUCACACCUUUUGUAGAUAAUUAUGCGCCUCCUCCGAUGCAGUUUCUUCAAGAAACUACAACAAUCACAACGACAAUUACAACAAAGUCUACUGAAAAUUUGAUGGGUGCUGGAUGUUACAACCUUUCGGAUGGAAGUUGUGAAUGUCUAAAUCAGGCAGCAACAACAUAUGGUCAUUAUGGCACAAACAAAUUGAAUAAUUGUGCGACAACAACACCCAGAGGAGUUACUGCCAAAGUUUCUGAAAUCACAAGGCUCUAAUUUACUACUUUAGCAAAUAGGUUUUACCUUUAAAGAGUUUUGCCAUAUCAUCAUUAUCACAAUAAAUAGAUAGAUAGAAUGAAAAAAAAAAAAUUCUGAAGUUCAGAUGAAAAUUUUAUUUAAAAAUUUAGAAAAAAGAAGAUUAGAAUUUUGUUGUUACCAAAGCCCUCAUUGUAGUUAUCAGUUAAAAACAUGUAUUUUUAGGUGCGUAGUUCUAUAAUAAUUUAUUAUUAUAGAAUUUAUUAUUAAUAAAUAUAGUUAUUAAAGUUAAAAUACUGAUAAUGGUUGAAACUUGU